CUUAUUUAAAGAAUACAUUGCUGACUUUAUAGUAGAUUAGCAUUGUUAGCAUAAAGUUGUUUAUCUCCCAGCAUAGAUUUGCUUUCUGAAACCUGCUCUCUUUCUCCCACCCUGAAUUGGUCAUCCCUUGGGCUUCAUCCAGUUGCCCUUCCUCCCUCCCUCCCUCCCUCCCUACAUGGGCCAUCCCUUGGUAUUUGUCCUGUUGCCUUUACUCCCUCCCUACAUGGGCCAUCCUGUGGGCUUCACCCAACUGCCUUUCUGCAAAUGUAUUUCCAUUUUAUAAAUUAGCCAAGCUCAGUCAGGUCAGAAGGCUGGCUGUCAGAGGGCAGAGAGUGAGUGUGUCUGUGCUUGUAUUAAUAAUCUUUAAUCAGAAGGACACAUUGAUUACGACUCAGACAGAGAAUUGGAGGACAGGAAUUCUAAUCCACCUGUGAAAAAUAAAAGACAGCCACCUCCAUCAGAUAGGCCUCCCUCUGUUCCUCAAAUCAGCCAGAGCUUCUGCGUCUCUACAGAAAAUCAGGACAGCCCAGAAAGAGUUAUUCAGAAGGAAAAACUCCAUGCAGAACUAAAAGAAGUUCUAAGUAAAAAAAGAAGCUACCUGCAACAGAGCAACUCAAAUAUUGCAAGCAUGGAUCCUUCAAAGGGAAAGAGUGAGUCUGUGAAGCAGGAGGAGAGCCAUCUUUCUGAGAUAGUGGAGGUGGUGGUAGAGACAGAAGCUGAAGUAGGAGCAAGUGGCUACAGUGUGGUGGGUGGAGGGACAAAGGGAAUCUUUAUCAAAGAUGUCUUGAAAGACUCACCUGCAGCAAAACAUCUCAGCCUCCAGAAAGGAGAUCAGUUGCUGAGUGCCAGGGUGUAUUUUGAUAAUGUGAAAUAUGAAGAUGCUCUGAAGAUCCUCCAGUGUGCAGAACCUUAUAAAGUGUCAUUCUCCUUAAAAAGGACUGUGGCUCAAACUGAAGUCAGCGGUCAUCUAGGUGCACCUAUUAUUGAUCACAGAGGAACUAAGACUAAGAGGCAAAAAAUGAGUGUGAGAAGUGUCAAACAAUUCAAAGCAAAGAAGAAAAGGGGAGGAAGAUUUGGAUUGAAAAGACUAAAAGAGAAAAAGAGAACAAGAGCUGAAGCAGAAAUAGACAUUGAGGAAUCAUCAGGUAGAUUAGACUUUACUCCGGUUGAUGUGGAGUUUGCACUCCCAAAGUUUAAACUGAAAAAACAUAAGAAAGUCUGUGAAGAGCAAUAUGGAAGCUUAGAAAGAAUGAAACACCAUGAUGAAAAGACAAGAAAAAUCAAAUUUCCAAAAGCUAAAGUAAAAUCUGCUCUAGAAGGUACAGAAUUUUCAACAACAAAAGGAGAAACAGAAAUGCUUAAAGAUAAAAAAAAAAAUCCAAAUUCACAUAUGAAAGAUAGUGAUGAAUGUGUGCAAGGAAAGAAAAUAAGCAUGCAAAGUGACAUACAAAUACCUAAUAUAAAUUUAGGGAAAAGACAUAUAACUGGAGAAGAAGCUGAUGGAUCCAUGGCAUCCAAUGUUAUAUCAUUACCAAAAGGGAUGGUUAAAGGUGAUAUUGACCUUGAAGGAAAUGCUGAGGGUCAUGAGCUCAAGGGGAGAAAGUUUCACAUGCCAGAUAUUGAUAUCUCUCUGCCAAAUGAAAAGGUGAAAAGAGAUAUUAAGGUUGAAGGUGAGGCAGGUAAAGUUUUAAAGUUUCAAAUGCCUAAGGUUGAUCUUUCACUACCAAGAAUGCACAUACCACAGGGUAGGAUUAAUGUGGAGGGCCCGGCUAUUAAUGUAGGGAAAGUUGAUAUAUCAUCUGUUGACAUAAAAGGGACGGCUAAAGACAAAAUUAACACUGAAUGUUAUUCUGGAAAAGGAGGUAAGAUCAAGUUUCCAAACACUGAGCUUUCCUUAACAAAAGUAAAAUCACCUAGCCUUGAUGUCAGUAUUGAGGGUCAAGAGAUCUCACUGCCAAAAGGAAAAGGAAAAGGAUGUAUGGAUCUUGAAGUUAAGCAUUGUAAAGAAGGGACUUUUCCAAUGCCAACAGUUGAUAUUUCACUUCCAAGAAUGAAGUUACCAGAGGGCAAGGUUAAGGUGGAAGGCUCUGAUAUCAAAGUCAGAAAAAUUGACAUGCCAUCCACCGACAUAUCAUUACCAAAGGGCAAAGCUACAGGACAAAUUGACAUUGAAGAACUAUCUGGAAAAGGGAAAAUGAUUGAUGACGCAAAGCUUCAUAUUUCCCUAUCAAAGGUAACAACAACUAAGGGUGAUAUCAGUGUUGAAGGUCCAGAAAUCAAGGGCAGAAGGAUUCACAUGCCAGAUAUUGAUAUCUCCCUGCCAAAAGGAAAGGUAAAAGGGGGUGUCAAUCUCGAAGUUGAAGCUGAUCAAGGAGGCAAAUUUCAGAUGCCCAGAAUUGAUCUUUCACUACCAAAAAUGAAGUUACCAGAAGGCAAGAUUAAUAUUGAAGGGCCUGAUAACAAAGUGAAGAAAGUUGAAAUGCCAUCUAGUGACAUUUCUGUGCCAACAGGGAAAGUUGACAUGCCCUCCAUUGACAUCUCAUUGCCCAAAGGUAAAGCUAAAGGUGAAAUUGAAAUUGAGGGACACUAUGGAACAGGAGAAAAAUUUGAUUUGCCAAAGGUUAAUAUUUCCUUACCAAAUAUAACACCACCCAAGGUUGAUCUCAAUGUUGAAGGUCCUGACAUCAAGGGCAGGAAGAUUCAUAUGCCAGAUAUUGAUUUUUCUCUGCCAAGAAUGAAAUUACCAGAGGGUAAGAUUAAUGUGGAAGGCCCUGAUAUCAAUGUUAAAAAAGUUGACAUGCCUUCCACUGACAUCUCAUUGCCCAAAGGUAAGGCUAAAAGAGAAAUUGAAAUUGAAGGACACUCUGGAACAGGAGGAAAGUUUGACUUGCCAAAGCUUGACAUUUCCUUACCAAAUGUAACACCACCUAAGGUUGAUUUCAGUGGUACGGAGAUCAAGGGCAGAAAGUUUCACAUGCCAGAUAUUGAUAUCUCCUUACCAAAAGAAAACGUGAAAGGGGGUGUCAAUCUUGAAGGUGAGACUAAUAAAGAAGGAAGGUUUCAAAUGCCCAAUGUUGAUGUUUCAGUACCAAGAAUUAAGUUACCCAAGGGUAAAAUUAAUGUUCAAUCCCCUGAUAUCAACAUUGGGAAAAUGGACAUGCCUUCCAUUGACAUAUCAUUACCAAAAAGGGAGGCUAAAGGAAAAAUUAACAUUGAAGGACCAUCCAGAAAAGAAGGAAUGAUUGAUGUGCCAAAGGUUGACAUUUCCUUACCAAAUGUAACACCACCCAAGGUUGAUCUCAAUGUUGAGGGUCCUGACAUGAAGGGCAGGAAGAUUUAUAUGCCAGAUAUUGAUUUCUCUCUGCCAAAAGUUGAUCUAUCAUUACCAAGAAUGAAGUUACCAGAGGGUAAGGUUAAUGUUGAAGGCUCUAAACUCAAAGUUGGGAAAGUUGACAUGCCUUUCAUUGAUAUAUCAUUGCCCAAAGGUAAGGAUAAAGGAGAAAUUGAAAUUGAAGGACACUCUGGAACAGGAGGAAAGUUUGACUUGCCCAAGGUUGACAUUUCCUUACCAAAUGUAACACCACCGAAGGUUGAUCUCAAUGUUGAAGGACCUGACAUCAAGAGCAGAAGGUUUCACAUGCCAGAUAUUGAUUUCUCUUUGCCAAAAGUUGAUCUUUCUCUACCAAGAAUGAAGUUACCAGAGGGUAAGAUUAAUGUGGAAGGCCCAGAUAUCAAAGUUGGGAAAAUUGACAUUCCUUCUAUUGACAUUUCUGCACCAAAAGGGAAAGUUGACAUGCCAUCCAUUGACAUAUCAUUGCCCAAAGGUAAGGCUAAAGGAGAAAUUGAAAUUGAUGGACAUUCUAAAACAGGAGGAAAGUUUGACUUGCCAAAUAUUGAUAUUUCCUUGCCAAAUGUAACACCACCCAAGCUUGAUUUCAGUGGUCCAGAGAUCAAGGACAGAAAGUUUCACAUGCCACAUAUUGAUAUCUCUUUGCCAAAAGUUGAUAUUUCUCCACCAAGAAUGAAGUUACCAGAGGGUAAGAUUAAUGUGGAAGGCCCGGGUAUCAACAUUGGGAAAGUUGACAUGCCUUCCAUUGACAUUUCCGUAGCAAAGGGGAAAGUUGACAUGCCAUCCAUUGAUAUAUCAUUGCCCAAGGGUAAGCCCAAAGGAGAAAUUGAAAUUGAAGGACACUCUGGAAUAGGAGGAAAGUUUGACUUGCCAAAGGUUGACAUUUCCUUACCAAAUGUAACACCACCAAAGGUUGAUCUUAAUGUUGAGGGACCUGACAUCAAAGGCAGAAAGUUUCACUUGCCAGAUAUUGAUUUCUCUUUGCCGAAAGUUGAUCUUUCACUACCAAGAAAGAAGUUACCAGACAGUAAGAUUAAUGAGGAAGGCCCAGAUAUCAAAGUUGGGAAAAUUGCCAUUCCUUCCAUUGACAUUUCUGUACCAAAAGGGAAACUUGACAUACCAUCCAUUGACAUAUCAUUGCCCAAAGGUAAGGCUAAAGGAGAAAUUGAAAUUGAAGGACACUCUGGAACAAAGGGAAAGUUUGACUUGCCAAAGGUUGACAUUUCCUUACCAAAUGUAACACCAACCAAGGUUGAUCUCAAUGUUGAGGGUCCUGACAUCAAAGGCAGGAAGUUUCAUAUGCCAAAUAUUGAUUUCUCUCUGCCAAAAGUUGAUCUUUCUCUACCAAGAAUGAAAUUACCAGAGGGUAAGACUAAUGUGGAAGGCCCUGAUAUCAAAGUUGGGAACGUUGACAUGCCUUCCAUUGACAUCUCAUUGCCAAAAGGUAAAGCUAAAGGUGAAAUUGAAAUUGAUGGACAUUCUAAAACAGGAGGAAAGUUUGACCUGCCAAAGGUUGAUAUUUCCUUACCAAAUGUAACACCACCCAAGCUUGAUUUCAGUGGUCAAGAGAUCAAGGGCAGAAAGUUUCACAUGCCAGAUAUUGAUAUCUCUUUGCCAAAAGUUGAUAUUUCUCCACCAAGAAUGAAGUUACCAGAGGGUAAGAUUAAUGUGGAAGGCCCGGGUAUCAACACUGGGAAAGUUGACAUGCCUUCCAUUGACAUUUCUGUACCGAAAGGGAAAGUUGACAUACCAUCCAUUGACAUAUCAUUGCCCAAAGGUAAGGCUAAAGGAGAAAUUGAAAUUGAAGGACACUCUGGAACAGGGGGAAAGUUUGACUUGCCAAAGGUUGACAUUUCCUUACCAAAUGUAACACCACCCAAGGUUGAUCUCAAUGUUGAGGGUCCUGACAUCAAAGCCAGGAAGUUUCAUAUGCCAGAUAUUGAUUUCUCUCUGCCAACAGUUGAUCUUUCUCUACCAAGAAUGAAAUUACCAGAGGGUAAGACUAAUGUGGAAGGCCCUGAUAUCAAAGUUGGGAAAGUAGACAUGCCUUCUAUUGACAUAUCACUGCCCAAAGGUAAAGCUAAAGGUGAAAUUGAAAUUGAUGGACACUCUAAAACAGGAGGAAAGUUUGACUUGCCAAAGGUUGAUAUUUCCUUACCAAAUGUAACACCACACAAGCUUGAUUUCAGUGGUCCAGAGAUCAAGGGCAGAAAGUUUCACAUGCCAGAUAUUGAUAUCUCUUUGCCAAAAGUUGAUAUUUCUCCACCAAGAAUGAAGUUACCAGAGGGUAAGAUUAAUGUGGAAGGCCCAGGUAUCAACAUUGGGAAAGUUGACACGCCUUCCAUUGACAUUUCUGUACCGAAAGGGAAAGUUGACAUACCAUCCAUUGACAUAUCAUUGCCCAAGGGUAAGGCUAAAGGAGAAAUUGAAAUUGAAGGACACUCUGGAAUAGGAGGAAAGUUUGACUUGCCAAAGGUUGAUAUUUCCUUUCCAAAUGUAACACCACCAAAGGAUGAUCUUAAUGUUGAGGGACCUGACAUCAAAGGCAGAAAGUUUCACAUGCCAGAUAUUGAUUUCUCUUUGCCAAAACUUGAUCUUUCACUACCAAGAAAGAAGUUACCAGACAGUAAGAUUAAUGUGGAAGGCCCAGAUAUCAAAGUUGGGAAAAUUGCCAUUCCUUCCAUUGACAUUUUUGUACCAAAAGGGAAAGUUGACAUACCACCCAUUGACAUAUCAUUGCCCAAAGGUAAGGCUAAAGGAGAAAUUGAAAUUGAAGGACACUCUAGAACAGGGGGAAAGUUUGACUUGCCAAAGGUUGACAUUUCCUUACCAAAUGUAACACCACCCAAGGUUGAUCUCAAUGUUGAGGGUCCUGACAUCAAAGGCAGGAAGUUUCAUAUGCCAGAUAUUGAUUUCUCUCUGCCAAAAGUUGAUCUUUCUCUACCAAGAAUGAAAUUACCAGAGGGUAAGACUAAUGUGGAAGGCCCUGAUAUCAAAGUUGGGAAAGUUGACAUGCCUUCCAUUGACAUAUCAUUGCCCAAAGGUAAAACUAAAGGUGAAAUUGAAAUUGAAGGACACUCUGGAACAGGAGGAAAGUUUGACUUGCCAAAGGUUGACAUUUCCUUACCAAAUGUAACACCACCGAAGGUUGAUCUCAAUGUUCACGGACCUGACAUCAAGGGCAGAAAGUUUCACAUGCCAGAUAUUGAUUUCUCUCUGCCAAAAUUUGAUCUUUCACUACCAAGAAUGAAGUUACCAGAGGGUAAGAUUAAUGUGGAAGGCCCAGAUAUCAAAGUUGGGAAAACUGAAAUUCCUUCUAUUGACAUUUCCGUACCAAAAGGGAAAGUUGACAUACCAUCCAUUGACAUAUCAUUGCCCAAAGGUAAGCCCAAAGGAGAAAUUGAAAUUGAAGGACACGCUGGAACAGGAGGAAAAUUUGACUUGCCAAAUGUAACACCACCGAAGGUUGAUCUCAAUGUUGAGGGUCCUGACAUCAAAGGCAGGAAGUUUCAUAUGCCAGAUAUUGAUUUCUCUCUGCCAAAAGUUGAUCUUUCACUACCAAGAAUGAAGUUACCAGACAGUAAGAUAAAUGUGGAAGGCCCGGAUAUCAAAGUUGGGAAAACUAACAUUCCUUCCAUUGACAUUUCUGUACCGAAAGGGAAAGUUGACAUACCAUCCAUUGACAUAUCAUUGCCUAAAGGUAAGCCCAAGGGAGAAAUUGAAAUUGAAGGACACUCUGGAACAGGAGGAAAAUUUGACUUGCCAAAUGUAACACCACCGAAGGUUGAUCUCAAUGUUGAGGGUCCUGACAUCAAAGGCAGGAAGUUUCAUAUGCCAGAUAUUGAUUUCUCUCUGCCAAAAGUUGAUCUUUCACUACCAAGAAUGAAGUUACCAGACAGUAAGAUAAAUGUGGAAAGCCCGGAUAUCAAAGUUGGGAAAACUAACAUUCCUUCCAUUGACAUUUCUGUACCAAAAGGGAAAGUUGACAUACCAUCCAUUGACAUAUCAUUGCCCAAAGGUAAGCCCAAAGGAGAAAUUGAAAUUGAAGGACACGCUGGAACAGGAGGAAAAUUUGACUUGCCAAAUGUUGACAUUUCCUUACCAAACGUAACACCACCGACGGUUGAUCUCAAUGUUGAGGGUCCUGACAUCAAAAGGCACAUGCCAGACAUUGAUAUCUCUUUACCAAAAGGAAAUGUAAAGGGAGGUGUCAAUCUUGAAGGCAAGACUGAUAAAGGAGGAAGGUUUCAAAUGCCUAAAGUUGAUCUUUCACUACCAAGAAUUAAGUUACCAGACAGUGAGAUUAAUGUGGAAGGCCCGGAUAUCAAAGUUGGGAAAACUAACAUUCCUUCCAUUGACAUUUCUGUACCAAAAGGGAAAGUUGACAUACCAUCCAUUGACAUAUCAUUGCCCAAAGGUAAGCCCAAAGGAGAAAUUGAAAUUGAAGGACACGCUGGAACAGGAGGAAAAUUUGACUUGCCAAAUGUUGACAUUUCCUUACCAAAUGUAACACCACCGACGGUUGAUCUCAAUGUUGAGGGUCCUGACAUCAAAGGCAGGAAGUUUCAUAUGCCAGAUAUUGAUUUCUCUCUGCCAAAAGUUGAUCUUUCACUACCAAGAAUGAAGUUACCAGACAGUAAGAUAAAAGUGGAAGGCCCGGAUAUCAAAGUUGGGAAAACUAACAUUCCUUCCAUUGACAUUUCUGUACCAAAAGGGAAAGUUGACAUACCAUCCAUUGACAUAUCAUUGCCCAAAGGUAAGCCCAAAGGAAAAAUUGAAAUUGAAGGACACGCUGGAACAGGAGGAAAAUUUGACUUGCCAAAUGUUGACAUUUCCUUACCAAAUGUAACACCACCAAAGGUUGAUCUCAAUUUUGAGGGUCCUGACAUCAAGGGCAGGAAGUUUCACAUGCCAGAUAUUGAUUUCUCUCUGCCAAAAGUUGAUCUUUCUCUAACAAGAAAGCAGUUACCAGAGGGUAAGAUUAAUGUGGAAGGCCCAGAUAUCAAAGUUGGGAAAACUGUAAUUCCUUCUAUUGAUAUAUCAUUGCCCAAAGGUAAGGCUAAAGGAGAAAUUGAAAUUGAUGAAUGCUCUAAAACAGGAGGAAAGUUUGAUUUGCCAAAGGUUGAUAUUUCCUUACCAAAAGUAACACCACCGAAGUUUGAUUUCAGUGUUGAAGGCCCAGAGAUCAAGGGCAGAACGUUUCACAUGCCAGACAUUGAUAUCUCUUUACCAAAAGGAAAUGUAAAGGGAGGUGUCAAUCUUGAAGGCAAGACUGAUAAAGGAGGAAGGUUUCAAAUGCCUAAAGUUGAUCUUUCACUACCAAGAAUUAAGUUACCAGACAGUGAGAUUAAUGUGGAAGGCCCGGAUAUCAAAGUUGGGAAAACUAACAUUCCUUCCAUUGACAUUUCUGUACCAAAAGGGAAAGUUGACAUACCAUCCAUUGACAUAUCAUUGCCUAAAGGUAAGCCUAAAGGAGAAAUUGAAAUUGAAGGACAAUCUGUAAAUGGAGGAAAGAUAGAAUUACCUAAGCUUGACAUUUCUGUAACUAAGAUUAUGACACCUAAAGUUGAUAUCAGUGGUGUAGGCUCUGAAAUCAAAGAUGGACAGUUUUGCUUGCCAGAUGUUGAUCUUUACCUGCCAAAAGGAAAUGUAAAACAGGAUCUUGAAGGUCAUUCUGGGAAAGGUGCAAAGUUCCACAUGCCCAAAGUUGAUCUUUAUAUACCAAAAUUGAAAUCUCCUAGGUUUUCUCCAAAUAUUGAGGGACCUGGAGAAAUUACAAUUGAUCAGUCACUUCCAAAAGGCAGUGCAAUAGGCCGUGACGAUUUUGAAAGUGAUAUUGCAAUGUUGGGAAAGCUGCAUAUGCCUGAACUUGAACUUUCGUUACCAAAAAUGAAAUCACCUUAUAGUGAGUCAAAACAUCAUGCACCAGACAUAAAUGACAUAAAUUUGCCUGAUGCCAGUGUUUGUGGAAAUACAAGUGGAAAUUUGAAAUUACCUGUAAAGUUACCAAGUGUUGAUAUAUCAGCCCCUAAGGUUGAUAUUGACUUUGCUAUCCCCAAACAAAAAUGCACUGAUAAAGAAGAUAUUGAACUUCUCAAAGGUGAAAAUAGCAGACCAUCAUCUGGGGCAAGUUUUGAAAUCCCAGAGGUGACUCUAAAAAUGCCAAAAAUUUCAUUUCCUAAAUUUGGGGGGAAAUUUAAAACUGAAGACAAACAAGUUGAGGGACUUAGAUUAUCUACAUGUUUGGAUAUGGAUAUGAAUAAAAAUAUGCCAUCUGUAGACAUGGAUGAGAAAAUGAAAGAGAAAAGACUGCAGCUAAAAUCUGAAGAAGGUGUGAAUGCUUCACUUGAUAUUCGGGCAGAGGGUAAGGAGCAUUUUAAGGCUCCAAUAUUGGAUGCAAAGGCAAAGGUCAAAAUGCCUUCAGUUGAGAUAUCCCUACCAACCCCAUACAUACCAGAGAGAGAGGCAUUGCUGCCAAAAUCUGAGAUUGAUGUAUCUGAGGCAGAUAUCCAGGCUUAUGAGGGUAGUUUAAAAAUCCCAAAAAUGCCAACUAUUGAUAUAUCAGUACCAAAAGUAGAUUUGGAUUUUGUCCUACCAAAAGCAAAACAAAUUGCAAAGUUCAAGUUGCCUGAUAUUAAUACAACAGCCACAGAUAUAUCCCUACCAAAAGGCAAAGAAGGAGAAAUUCAAGUUGAAGAAAUGGACAAAGCAGGAUGGCAAAAAUUAAAGAUUUCUAGUAAUGUGAAUGCAGAUACAGGUUCAAGUGAUGGACUGUCUCUGCCUAACACUGAAAUAAAAGUAAAAGAGUUAGACUAUAGGACUGUUCAAGAUGACAUUAGUGAUAAAAUGAAUACAAAACCAUGUAACACGAUCAGAAUACCAAAGUUUGGUGUGGCUCUGCCUUCACCUGAAGCCAAAGUCAAUGUUAAAUCAACAAAAGGAUCUUCUUUGAUCACAAACCCUGAAAUGCAGUAUGAGGGCCCUCCUAUUCCUAAAGUAACAAAAGCUGUUUUUGUUUUGGUUAAUUCCCAAACAGAAAGCUAUGUUAAUGUCACCAGCAAAGCAAGUGCAGAGACCAAAGUGUGCCAAUUGACAAAAAUCACAGAGAAGCAAAGUUUUGAAAAGUUACACUUAAAAGGUAAAGGAACAAAUUUUGAGGAGAAAGAGAGCAAGGAUGAAAAAUUUGAUGAAGAAGUAAAAACAGCAGCAUUUAGGUUGCACAAACUUGAGUUUUCUUCACCAUCCUUUACAAAUGUGGGAGAAGAAGAGAAAUUCAAGAAGGGCAGGGAAUCUGAGAAUAAGGUUAGCAUGGAAGUUAAAUCAGGCACAAAAGCUAAAUCAGGAAAAAUAUCCUGUCCUGGUUUCAAGAAGACGUCUGUAAAUGGUGAUGAGGAAAGUGAAAAUGGCUGUUUAGUUUCUUCAGAAGCCAGGCUGAACAUGUUAACAGAAGGCUCUGAGUCACCAGUACCAAAUAUUUCACUUGGUGCUGUCUCAGGAAAGACCAGUGACAAAAAUGAGGGUGGAUCCAUAGAUGAUGUUAGAAACAGGAAUGAAGCGGAAGAAAAAGAGGAGACAACUUGGUUUAAAAUCCCCAAAGUCACUCUUAGCCCCCAUUCCACUGACAUCCUGCAGAUCACACCAGAGAGAUCUCCAAAGAAAAGUAGGUCAUCUUUACAGUACUCUAGUGAAGAUAUUUCUGGAGGUCUCUACAGGAGCAUGCCAAAUACUGAAUUUUCCACUCAGGAAGUUUCUUCGCAAAACACAUUCACCACAAAAAAAGAAGGGACUUUCACUGUGGUAACUAAAACUUCAAAAUAUAAAGUAACAGAAUCAGGAAGUAGAAGCUCAACUACACACUGGAAUCAGUAAAAUCAAAGGGUAAAUUAAGUUAUAGUGGAAUAUUUUUAUAUUGUUUGUUACUUGCAUUUAAAUAAAUACAGUUACUAUUUAAUGUAGCACACAUUUAUAUACAUUUCAUAUACAUUAUUUAAUGUAGCACACAUUUAUAUUUAUAUUUCAUAUACUUGCACUAACCAUUCAGUAUUGUUUUUUUAUGUAGAUUUUUUGUUUCAGUAGAGUAUUUAUACUAUUUCUGAGGCCUGAAAGUCAAUCAUUAGAUCAUAUACAGAUAUACAAGAUGAGUGCAAUUUUAGGUAGAAUUUUUAGGUAGAAGCUUUUUUUUUGAAUAAUCAUAGUUUUUAAAGAUUCAUAUGAUGCUGUUAACUUUUUUCUUUUAUAUAACAAUAACAUUUUUUUUCAUAAAUAACACCAAAACUGUAGAAGAAACUGUAUAUAUUUAUAUAUUUAAAUAUUACAAUAGAGUUAUAAAUCUAUAUAAUAUAAUAUAAUAUAAUAUAAUAUAAUAUAAUAUAAUAUAAUAUAAUAUAAUAUAAUAUAACAAAUUCAUUAAAAUGUGACACAGUGUACAAUGAUGUGAACUUUCUGUGUGGGAAUGCUUUGUGUUCUUGAUUUGAAGUCUCUGAGUGUGCAUUGUGAAAUUUUUGGCAUAUCAUUUUCCAUUUAUUCAACAACUGAGGAUGAAAUUAGUAUCAAUUGCAGAUAGCAUUAUUACUGUAUAGUUUUUUAGCAUGUCCUUCGCAUUUUCUUUUAAAGCACAUUUUCUCAGCUGGAUGAAAUAUUAAAUAAAAUAUUUUACAUGUUCUUU